AAUCCUCUAAUCUAGGCUCCCCCGUGUUCAAAUCAGUACUAGAAUUUUUGAGUACACUAGACAGUACUGCUCAUAUUGAUACAGCACUGUGAUAAUGGAGCAGUUCAUGGGUACAUGGAAAUUAACUGCAAGUGAGAAUUUUGAUGAAUACAUGAAAGCUGUAGGUAUUGGUUUUGCAUCCAGGCAAAUUGCAAAUUUGGCCAAGCCAAGUCUGUUACUCAGCGUCGACGAUCAGGGGCUCAUAUCAAUGAAAUCUACGACCACCUUCAAGACGGUGGAAAUAAAAUUCCGGCUGGAUGAGGAAUUUGAUGAGAUCACAGCAGAUGACAGAAAGGCGAAGACUGUUAUGAGACUGGUGGAUGGUAAACUUGUUCAAACACAGAACUGGGAAGGGAAGAGCACAACAAUUGAAAGAGAAGUUCAGGGAGGGAAACUGAUAGUGAAAUGCAUCAUGGAUGAUGUGGUGUCUAUGAGGACAUAUGAGAGAGAUGAGUAACCCACUUUUACAGAUCUGAACAGAUCUGAACAGAAAAAACAAUAGCUGGCUCCCAAAUGGCAACAAAAUCCAAAUUUAUACAUAUACAUAAAUUAUGAUAUAACGAUUUUUACACCCCAUGCUGAGCAACAAUAUCCAGGAGAGAGCUAAGUGGAUUGUGGCUUGUUUUUUUUUUUUUUUUUUUUUU